GGGACUCACUGCGCCGGCGUGCGGGCGCGAGCGGAGAAAGCGCCUUCUGGAGGCUGCUGAACUGCGCUCUUUUCCCGGGCUGUUGCUUUCGAAGUGCCGUGAGCGAGGUCCAGACAGGCCGCCGCCACUGGAGAGGCGUUUUUCUACAGCUCUGACACCUCCUGUGUCCAGCCACUCCGGCCCUUGCCCUUUGACCCCUCUCGGCGGGGUGAGAGGUCGGUGGCCAUCUUGUGGCGGCGGCGCGGGCCGCUGUUUCUGCGGAGACUCAUCCCCUCCCCCUCCUUGCCCCUCUGGCCGUCUGUCAGUCAGUAAAGAGUCCCCAAGGCCGUCAGGUGAGGCCCGGGCCUCGUCCGUUGCUCUUGCCGCCGCACUGGGCGGCCCAGGCCGCUCCCUGCCGGGCCUCACCGCUGCCACCAUGUCCUCCUUCUCCGAGUCGGCGCUGGAGAAGAAGCUCUCGGAGCUGAGUAACUCUCAGCAGAGCGUGCAGACCCUGUCCCUGUGGCUCAUCCACCACCGCAAGCACGCGGGACCCAUCGUCUCCGUGUGGCACCGCGAGCUCCGCAAAGCCAAAUCAAAUAGAAAGCUUACUUUUCUGUAUUUAGCAAAUGAUGUCAUCCAAAACAGUAAAAGGAAAGGACCUGAAUUUACUAGAGAAUUUGAAUCUGUCCUUGUGGAUGCUUUUUCUCAUGUUGCCAGAGAGGCAGAUGAAGGCUGUAAAAAACCUUUAGAAAGAUUGCUGAACAUCUGGCAAGAAAGAAGUGUGUAUGGCGGCGAGUUCAUACAGCAGCUGAAGCUGUCUAUGGAGGACUCCAAGAGCCCUCCCCCCAAAGCAACAGAGGAGAAGAAGUCUCUGAAGCGAACUUUUCAGCAGAUACAAGAGGAGGAGGAUGAUGACUACCCUGGAAGCUACUCUCCCCAAGAUCCUUCUGCAGGACCCCUCUUGACUGAGGAACUCAUCAAAGCUCUGCAGGACCUGGAAAAUGCCGCAUCGGGGGAUGCUACUGUCCGACAGAAAAUUGCUUCUUUGCCCCAGGAAGUGCAAGAUGUUUCUCUAUUGGAAAAAAUAACAGACAAAGAGGCAGCUGAACGUCUUUCAAAAACAGUAGAUGAAGCAUGUCUGUUGCUAGCAGAAUAUAACGGGCGCCUGGCGGCAGAACUGGAAGACCGGCGCCAGCUGGCUCGGAUGUUGGUGGAGUACACCCAGAACCAGAAAGAUGUUUUGUCAGAAAAGGAGAAAAAACUAGAAGAAUAUAAACAGAAGCUUGCUCGGGUAACCCAGGUCCGCAAGGAACUGAAGUCUCAUAUUCAGAGCUUGCCCGACCUGUCAUUGCUGCCCAACGUCACAGGGGGCUUGGCCCCCCUGCCCUCUGCUGGUGACCUGUUUUCAACUGACUAGGGCAGGUGUCAUGCCCCAGAUUGCCAUCUGUACCAGCAGAAAGAAGAGGGCAACUUGUGUUUGGAAGUAACCUUGUAGCCCCUGGUUCUAUCCCUCUUUCCGUCCAGCCCCCCAGCCUCAAGAAAGAACCACAGACUGAUUCUCCUCUCUGGUCUCUCCUGGUGAGCACAAUUCGGAACAGUGGCAGGUGGGAUCCAGUUAGCUUCAUGUUUGGAAAGAAUACAAACUUUCCUGCUUUGUGCUCUCAUGCCCCUGUUGAUUUUCCAUUUUUACCUCUCUACCCCGAAAAGAUUAUGAAAAUCAUGUGUAUUUCUGGAAGCUUUCAGAAGAAUCUUGUCCCUCAUGUCAGCAUUUUGUCAUGAAAGCAGCUUCUCUUUUCUGAGCUGGGCUUGUUCAAGUUUAGUCCAGGCGUCCACUGAGGGACUGGCUCUCAGUUGUUGGGUUUCCUGGCUCUCAUCCACCCCAAAGGUUGGAGCCCAGCUGUUGAGCAGCUUUGCCGUAAAGAGUUUGCCAAAUCUCCGAUCCUCCCUUACGUUACUUCCAGUGACGUACUGUCAAAGGUUUGGUGCGUUUUUCGUAAGCAGGCUAGAGAAUCUAGCAGUGACAUUCGAAGCUGUCUGGGACGUAAAGUCACAGUCCAGAGACAGAAACAGGCAUCACAGGCACGACUUGAAAGUAAGUUACUUGCUUCAGGUUCCUACAAACAGCCUUCCCAGGCUGCACUUGUCGAGAGUCCCACCCACUGUCGUAGAGCGUGUUCCUAAAAACAUGAUCUUUUGACCCCAAUUGGUUGAGGGCGAUUGUUAGAAAUGGUGCUGGUGGGCCCCUUUCAGAAGCUCAGGCAUCCUGAGAGCCCAGGCUCUGCCUGCGUGUUCCUAUGACCCUUUCUUUAGGGGAGUAGGGCACACACUAACAUUUAAUUCACGGUGUGGGCACAUGUCCACAGUAUGGUGACUAAACUUGAAUAUCUCCCUUGCACAUAUGACGCUCUGUGCACUUGUCUGUACAUCAGUUCACGCCGCUGCACGUGUCCUGUGCCCGUAGGAGGAGGAGUACUUUGCCUCAGAUGUGGUUGAACAGCUCACCGGGCAGGGGAAGGGGGAAAGAUGGGGGUACUUGUUUGGGGUUUUAAUUCCAUUAUCAUGCCAGCUGACAUUAUGACUAUAUAAUGUAGUUAGAGAGGAUUUUUACUUUGCUUUUAGUAAAGGUUAGGCCUGUUAACUGUAAAUCAUUCUAAUUUGGCAGGCUUAUUUUUGACAUUGGAAAGGGCAGAAAACAAUUUGCCCCAAUAGUGUAAUAGGAAUUGUAGCCCAGAGGCUGAAAUCUAGAAGCUAUAAAAAGGAAUUCAGUGCAAAGGGCUUCAGAAUCUCCAUUAUUUUGAGUUGCUCUUUUCAGGAUUACCAAAAAGCCAAUUAUUUGUAAUUUUACAUGUUAAACAUGUUAAAACAUAACCUAUGUUUUAAAAAGUGUAACAAGCUUCCCUUCAGAAGCUCAGGCUGCCUGCCAUGAAGUGAGAACACGUAGCAGGUAUUCAGUUCAAUUCUGUGUAGAACCUGGUAACAUUUAAGCUGUUUUUCUGAUUCAAAUAUGGUCUGUGUGUUGUUUGCUUAUUGAUACUGCCUAUUGUCCUGUCAUUAUUAAACUAAUGAGUCUCUGUGUAAGUUUUUCUCCCAGGGCAGUAACUUUACUAAAAUUGCAAGAUAAAUUCCAGUCUUUGCUGUUUCUGCACAUGUGCCCCUCCCCAUAUGAUGCGCUGCUUUAGUCCUGCCUGUGAGCUUGUUUCUGAGCAGACCCGUCUUGGACAUUUCUCUAUGCUUUCACCAAGGAAGCAAAAUGUUACUAGCCACAAACCAACGAAAAGGGUGUGGUAGAUAUUGUAGAUACGAUCAGCUAGAUGAAAAUGUUAUAACAUAAUAGAUUUCACCCACUGCUAUGUUUUAACUGAUUGAGUCUUUGACCAGCAAUUGGUGCAUAAUUCUUACAGCAAGAGCAAGAAAUGAAACUGUAGCAAUUAUGUAAAUGAAUUUGUUGGCCUCUUAACACCUGUUACUAGUGGACUUCCUGUGAGGAAGUUAGUUUCGGUUGUUUUAAAUGAAAUGCUUUUGUUUUUUAAAUUGGACUUCUCCCCACAUCCUCUCUAAGUGUGCUUCCUCCAUUUGUUUAAUUUAAGUGAACGUUUUUCCCUCUGUAUGAAGUGAUCUGGUGGGGCGGGGUGGGUGGUUUUUGUUUUGUGUUUUUUCUUCUUUACUUAGGGCAUCGGUAGGCCUCAAAGGACCUUUCCUUUAGGUCAUAUUCCUCAGAAAGUCUUCAAUCUUCCUUUGUUUUUAUUGUUUGUUUUUUUCUUAAAGAAUAUUUUUAAAGCUUAAAUUUGUAUAUUAAUUUAGGACUUUAUUUAGAAGUAUAGGCUGUCAUUGGCGGCAGCAGUAUAUUCUGAAAUGUCUCAUAGAUAUAUAUUUUUGAAUAAAGAUGGUGUUGUUGAAUGA